UAGAGUUAGUGAUGUUUUAUCGGUUUGUGAGAGUGAAGUGUCGUAACAUGGUGGUUCGAGGCAAACAAAUCCAACGUGUGUGUCUUCGAAACUUGAAACGGCAAUGGUAGCAAUGUUCGUUACUCCACAACAUCAAACCCUAAUUACUGUCCAAAAUUUUCACUUUUACUCUCACAAUUCCCUUCAUUCUUCCUCUUCAAAUUCGAUUUAUCUCAUGCACAGAGCUUCCAAUUCCACUCUCUUCAAGGUGCCAUAAUUUUGAGUUGAGCCUAGGAGAAACUCUAAUGGCUCACUGCUCUAUCAAGGAUACUGGUAUUACAGUAUCCCAAUUGAGUUGGUGGUAUGUUGUUUCAUCUUACGAAGAACUCAAACAAGGGAGACACAAGGUGAAAACCUCAGCCGAGACUUUCACUUGUCCGUACUGCCCUGAGAGAAAACAUGAUUAUAAGUACAAUGAACUACUUAAUCAUGCUACUGGGGUUGGUAGGAGUAGUUCGGACAAGAGAAGUGCUAAAGAGAAGGGUAGUCAUCUGGCUUUGGUAAAAUAUUUGGAAGAAGAUCUUCCUAGUAAAGAUAGUCCAUCAAAACCUGUAGAUCAAGGUACAAACAUUAUAAGCCCGGGGCAAACUGUAAUGUCUCACUGUUCUAUCAAGGAUACCGAUAUAAGUUGGUGGUAUGUUGAUACAGCUUAUGAAGAGCUCAAAAAUGGAACUCAAAACGCGAAAACCUCAGACGGGAAUUUCAUAUGUCCAUACUGCCCUAAGAGAAAACAAGAUUAUGCAUACAGGGAACUCCUAGAACAUGCUUUUAUGGUGGGUCGGAGUAGUUCAGAAAAGAGAAGUGCUAGAGAGAGGGCUAAUCAUCUGGCUUUGUUGAAAUAUUUGGAAAAGGAUGUUGUAAGUAUGCCUGGCCCGUCAAAACCUGUCGAAAAAGGUACAAAUUUGAUAAGCCAAGAACAAACUGUUACAGUCACGGCUCACAACUCUAACAAGGAUACUGAUACAAGUGAAUCUCAAAUAAGUUGGUUUUAUGUAGAUAAAUUUUAUAAAGAACUCAAGAAGGGAAGUCUCAAUGUGAGAAUCUCAGAUGCGGCUUUCACUUGUCCAUACUGCCCUAAAAUGAGAAAACCGACCUAUGAGUACAGGGAACUCCUUGAACAUGCUUCUGGGGUGGGUCAGAGUUGUUCGCAAAAGAGAAGUGUCAGAGAAAAGGCAACUCAUCUGGCUUUAGUGAAAUACUUGAAAAAUGAUAUCAUCGUUAUGAAUGUGACUGGUCCAUCAGAACCUGUGAAUGAAGUUUCAGGAACUAUAGUAAACCCAGCAGAAAAUGUGACAACUCGCUGCUCUGACAAAGAUUCUGAUAAAAGCACAUCUCAAAUAAAUGGGUGGCAAAUAAACAAAUCUUAUGAACAACUCAAAAAGGGGAUUCAAAAUGUGAAAAGCUCAGACGAUACUUUCAUUUGCCCAUACUGCCCUAAUAAAAAGAGAAAACGGGACUACGCGUACAGGGAAAUCCUUGAACAUGCUUCUGGGGUGGGUUGGAGUAGUUCACAAAAUAGAAGUGCCAUUGAAAAGGCCAAUCAUCUGGCUCUGGUCAAAUAUUUGAAAAAGGAUCUUAUAAAUGUCGGUGGUUCUUCAGAACCUAUGGAUGAAGGCACCAUAAUGUUGAACCGAGGAGAAACUGUAACAGGUCACCUCCCUGAGAAGGAUACUAAUAAAAGGGCAUCUCAAAUAAAUGUGUGGUUUGUAAAUAAAUCCUAUGAAGAACUCAAAAAGGGAAGUCUCAAGGUCAAAACAUCAGAAGAAACUUUUGCGUGUCCAUAUUGCCCUAAGAGAAAAUGGGAUUAUAAGUACAAUGAACUCCUUAAUCAUGCUUUAGGGGUCGGUCAGAGUGACGCACAAAGGAGAAGUGUAUUGGAAAAGGCCAAUCAUCUAGCUUUAGUGAAAUAUUUGAAAAAGGAUCUUAUGAAUAUGGAAUAUCGAAUAAAACCUGUAAAUAAAUAUUUGGAAAAGGAUCUUAUGAAUGUGGAACAUCCAACAAAACCUACAAACAAAGGCCGUCUUCUUGUCAGUUCUGAAAAUCAGUUUGUGUGGCCAUGGACUGGGAUUGUGGUUAACAUUCCCACGAGACAGACAGAAGAUGGACGGUGUUUUGGGGAAAGUGGUUCCAAGCUAAGGGAUGAAUACCGAAGCAAGGGUUUUAAUCCAUGUAGAGUCCGCACACUUUGGAAUUCUUGGGGUCACACUGGAGCUGCGGUUGUGGAAUUCAAUAAAAGUUGGCUAGGCUUACAUAAUGCAUUGGCAUUUGAAAAAGCAUAUGCAGUAGAUCAUCAUGGGAAAAAUGAUUGGCUUGCUUAUACUGAAAUGAAGUCUGGUCUUUAUGCGUGGGUUGCUCGAGUUGAUGACUACAAUAUGGACAACGUAAUUGGGGAACAACUACAGAAGAUGGGUGAUGUCAAAACAAUACCUGAAAUCAUGGAAGAAGAAGCUAGAAGGCUUGAUAAACUUGUGUCCAGUGUGAAUAAAAUUCUUCAAGUAAAGAACAAUCAAUUAAAAGAAUUAGAAGUAGUAUGCAAUGAAAUUACACUUCGCAUGGACAUUGUGGUGGGUGAAAUAGACAGGCUCACUCAAUCUCACAGUCAAGAGAUGAAGAAAAUACAGUCAAGUGCAACUCAACACUUUCAGAAUAUUUUAAAUGGUCAUGAAAGGCUUAAGUUGCAACUGGAAUCUCAGAAAAGAGAACUUGAGAUGCGAAGAAUUGAACUGGAAAAACGUGAGGCACAUAAUGAAACUGAAAGAAGAAAGUUGGAAGAAGAGAUUAAUGAGACUGCAACUAAAAAUCACUUUCUUCAAAUGGCGUCUCUGGAGCAACAGAAAGCUGGUGAAAAUGUUUUAAAACUGGCUGCAGAUCAAAAGCGGCAAAAAGAGCAACUCCAUGCUAAAAUCAUCCGGCUUGAAAAACAACUAAAUGUGAAACACAAUCUCGAAUUGGAGAUUCAGCAACUAAAAGGAAAGUUAAAUGUCAUGAAGCACAUGGAAGAUGAUGAUGGAGACUUAGAUGUUCUGUAUACAAUGGAUGCUUUACAUAAGGAUUUAAGAGAAAAGGAACAGUCACUUCGAGACAUGGAUGCGUUGAACCAAACACUGAUCGUUAAAGAGCGUAAGAGCAAUGAUGAACUGCAGGAAGCUCGAAAGGAAUUGAUUAAUAGCAUUAAAGAGAUGCCGAGUCGUGGCGAUAUUGGUGUGAAGAGAAUGGGGGAGCUAGAUAUUAGACCAUUCAUAGAAGCUAUGAAAAAAAAAUAUAAUGAUGAGUAUGCAGAAGAUAGAGCUUCAGAACUGUGUUCAUUAUGGGAAGAGUAUCUGAAGGACCCUGAAUGGCAUCCAUUUAAAAUUUCUGUAAUUGAAGGCAAACAUCAGGAAGUUAUAGACGAUGAAGAUGAAAAGCUGAAAGAAUUGAAAAACGAGACAAGUGUAGAAGUCUAUAAAGCCGUGGUGGCGGCAUUGAAAGAGAUAAAUGAAUAUAAUCCAAGUGGGCGGUAUGUAACCUCGGAAUUGUGGAACUAUGCAAAGAGAAAGAGAGCAACAUUGCAAGAAGGAAUACAAGUUUUGUUGAAGCAAUGGAAAUUUCAUAGACAAAAAAGGGGAAUGAUAUGAGCUUGGUAUGUUUUCUAUUUGUAUAAGAUACUUCAUUUUUCUUUAGAACUGUAUAGCAAGAAAAAUAUUUUCCAAAUGAGGUUCAAUUUUCUUUUGAACUGUUGGUUUACUUUUAAUUCAAGUUUGGUAUAAAAAUUAGUGUAAACUUUUAAAUUAAAUGCAAAAACUUGCUUUUAUUACUUCCUUUCGAACUAAGGUUCGAUUUUGCCUCACAUAAACCAAACAUAUGUAUGAUGACUAAAAUUGCAUUUGACACGAGAGAAUCAAUUCUGGUAGUUGUCAUGUAACUGCGGAUUAUAUUGCUGAAAGGUUAGUGUCUGAUGCUGGAAUUAGCGCGUUGUUUUUCUCAAGGCAAAUGUGCUGUGAAUUCAAGCUGCCACAUGCAUAAUGGUUGAGGAAUAUUUUGCUUCUCUGGACACUUGAUGCUUUUGUGGAGGCAUACUAUGUAAAACAUUUGUUUCAUCAUAUAUGUAUAUAACAUCAUUUCUAUCUGCCUUCA